AUGGCUUCCUUGCGGCUCCCACGGCUUUGCUGUCCAGAGAGAGAUGCUGGUACUGACCUGGUGCUUGGUGCGGAGCUCUAUCAUGCAGUAUGUAGCGGCAGUGCUCUUUUGGGACUCCUAGGUUUGGCCAUUUGUUAUAGCUGCAGUAAUCGGAGAAAGAGCCAGGCAACAAGGAUGGGUUGGCGAGUUCUUCUGGCCAGUGCCUUGGUCACUACAGGUUUUUCUUCUGGGGACGCGCCGUCCGAAGGCGUCAAGCUGCAUACGGAUCACACUGGAAGCCCUUGCUCGCUUCGGGUGGUUGUUCAACCUGCAGAAGUCAUCUCUGACCCCCUCAGACUAUUGCUCUUUCUGGGUAUGCUUCUGGACACGGAUGCGGCACAGAUUCGCCUUCCUCCGGACAAGCGACUGGCCUUACACCGCUCCAUGAGGGUUCUUCUCGACUGCAGACUUCUGUCCAUUCUACUGUGCAUGAGGAUGUUAGGGAAGAUGGUCGCCUGUUUCGAGGCGAUUCCCUUUGCCCAGUUCCGCUCUCGUACGUUCCUCGCGAUCCUGUCCUCCUGGGACAAGUCUUCCAAGAGCCUGGACUAUCCCAUCCGCCUCUCUCCUCGGGUGGUCACCGACUUCCAUAUCAAGGAGGAAAUUGUCCGUCCCUCUCCACACGCAAAGGAAAAGGAGUUGCACCAUUUGGAUGUUGUCAGAGCUCUGAAGAUCUAUUUAGCAGCCUCUGCUCCCUUCCGCUGGUUACUCCUGCACUCCACUUUGUGGCUCCUCUCUUCCGAUUUCUUGUCCAGUCAGUCCUGGCUAUCUUACAUUACCUGUGUUUUCAUCUCAACAUGGAUUCACUACUUCUGUUCAGUGUUGUUCUGGGCGUUUUUCUGUUACUUUUUGGAAAUUGAUCAACUCUUCAAACGAAAUCCAUCAGAAAGAUUUGGCGUAUUGUACUCGUUUUUGUGCUGGGGAGCUUCAAGCCUCGUAUGUCUACAUGGACUUCUUAUGUUAGCGAUCCCUUCUGUGUCUCAAAACAGGUGUGACUCUAAACAUGGCCUGAUCCUCUUCCAUGAUGUCCUCCUAUACAUCCCUUUAUUACUGGCACUGUUUGGAAGUCCUUUCCUGCUGAGAAGAGCUCUUGCUGGAGUGCCUGCUGUCCUUAGGAUGCAGUGUGGGGUGUACACCUGCUGCGAAAGGUAUAAGAAGCACUCCUUACGUAGGAGACUGUUCCAGAUCAGCGGUACAUUUAUAGCCUGCUGGCUCGGGAACGUACUGUGUGACUUUUUGCUGCUUCUUACUGAAGUAUCCGAAACCUCGGAGCCUCCUCGACAGUUACAGGUGGCUGCUGUCAUGGUUUUUGUCAUAAUGGGUAUUUUGAAUCCGAUGUUUUGUUGCGUACAUUCCCUGGCUUUUUUUGGCUGGAGGAGUUCUGAUGCCUGUGUGACUCAGAGCCGUGUGGCAGCAGAAGCACCUUCCGGGACCAGCCUAGAUAGAGAGGAUACGGCGCUGGUAGAAGCAGGAAACCUUUUAUUGAGGCCAAAAUCUGUACACGCCAUGAGGAUACUGUCCUUCCAAAACAUUUUACAAUCGGUAGACUCCUGCUCUUCCAUGGAAUUCACUUGUUCUGCGAUGGAAAUAAAUGCAGUACGCCUCCUGGGUAAAAAAGAUCCUCCAGCCCCCGCUCAAAUUGGUUCCAUGUUCUGACCACAGCACACUGAAAACCGGAGUUCAUUUUUCAUUUUCCAGAACUGUACUUGGUUACUGUGAGCAAUAUACUGAACUUAAAAAAAUCUAUUCAA